UGCGUGUUAGCUGGCUUUAUGUAACCAGGGUUAGUCUAUUGCUCCGGUCUCCUCAACCUUCGCGACGACCCCAAGUCUCCUCUUUACUGUCCUCCUACCUCCUACUUUGCUUCUCCAUUUUUCAGUCCCAACAACACAGAUUCACAAACUAGACCGACACGCUCUGAUCUAGCUUCUGCUUCUCCAUCUUUGUGGCUUGGCGUAAUUUCUUCGAUAGAGGUUCCGAGGCGCAGAGGCAUAGUAAAUGGGCGAGCUUGCAUUGUUUCCGUUGUGUUACUAAGGGAGACUUUUGGUCAAGAAGCCAUAGUAGAAGCCAAAGAUCAGAAGGAAAAAAAGUGACAAAAAAUGUGGAGAUCAAUGGUGGAGGUCAUUCCGCAGAGACUCAAGAAGACAUGGGAGAAGCAGAAUAUCAGGGGAGUUAUUCUCUUAAGCCUUUUACUGCAAACCAUUUUGAUUUUGGGUGCUCCGUUUAGAAAACGAACAGGAAAAAAGUUGGUCAUCCUGCUCAUCUGGGUAUCUUACUUGUUUGCCGACUGGGCUGCCAGCUUUGCUGUCGGACUCAUAUCCAACAGUCAAAACUCCAGCGAGAACGGUGCCCAAAAUGCAAACGGUGCCCACAAUGUAACCCAAAGUGCAAACAGUGCCCUUCUUGCAUUUUGGUCACCGUUCUUGCUGUUACAUCUUGGUGGCCCGGACACCAUAACUGCUUUUGCCCUUGAGGAUAAUGAGCUCUGGCUUAGGCACUUCCUUAGCCUAGUAUUUCAGGUUGUAGCCACAGUUUAUGUCUUCCUGCAAACAAUUCCCAACGACCUAUGGCUCGCGACUCUCCUCAUGUUCUUCGCAGGUAUCGUCAAGUAUGCUGAACGGACCCGUUCUCUGUAUCUUGCAAGCUUGGGUAGCUUCCGAGAAUCCAUGCUUAAGGAACCAGAUCCGGGGCCCAACUACGCGAAGCUCAUGGAGGAAUACUCUUCAAAGAAAGACGCCGGACUUCCUGCAGAUAUAGAUUUGACAGCAGAGCCUGAUAAAGAAUCAAAGGUUGCCUUUUUUACUGUGAAAGAGGACAGGCUAAAUGAUUUUGAAGUUGUGGAAUAUGCUUACCAUUUCUUCAAAAUCUUUAAGGGACUCAUUGUUGAUCUCAUCUUUAGCUUCCGUGAGCGCAAUGAGAGCCGAGCAUUUUUCCAGGUGAGAACUCCAGAAGAUGCGCUUAGAGUGAUAGAAGUUGAACUCAACUUCAUCUAUGAAGUUCUUUAUACUAAGGUGGUUGUGGUGCAUGAUGUAAAAGGAUACUUCUUCCGUGCUCUUUCCUUUACUUCAAUUUGGGUGGCCCUAGCGCUCUUUAUUUCUUUACACAAGCCUCACUUAAGUAAGUCUGAUAUUGGAAUUACCUACACACUGUUGAUCGGUGCCUUGAGCUUGGAGUUAAUAGCUCUAUUCAUGCUUAUUUUCUCGGAUUGGACUAUAGCUUCUCUCAAGAAGACAAAGAAUUUUCCCAUUGUUGGGAGCAUCUUCAAAAUAUACCUCAAAAUUAAGAGUUCAAGGUGGGCUGAAUGCAAGGAAGGUUCUGAUACUAUGUUUUCAAAGCUGGCCACACCAAUUAUACUUCGCAGGUGGUCUGAAUCAGUGUCAGGAUUCAACUUGAUAACAUAUUGCCUCAAGGAACGUCCAAAAAAGUUCCAUGAAGUCAAAGUUGAGUCCGGGUUUGGCAUUACCAAGUGGAUUGGUUAUUUGAAAAUUAUAUGGGAAUAUUGCUGGAAAAGAGUCGUUGAUUAUUUAGGUGUUAAGGAUUUACUCGAUGAGCUGAAGUAUGUUGCUAGCCAGCCCUUCAAAAAAAAACUAUGGCAAUUUAUCUUUUCGGAGCUGCUGCAGAAGUCUAAAGAUGCAGAUGAUGCAGAAACUACCAAGAGAAUAUGUUCAGCUAGAGGUGCUUAUGUUCUCGAAGAAUAUGGAAAGGUGGAGAAUCUGGAAAUAGAUAAAAAAUUAAUAGCAGACUACGUUGUAAACGUUAAUUUUGAUGAGAGCCUUCUGCUUUGGCAUAUUGCUACUGAACUUUGCUAUGAAAAAGAAGUAAACAAAAGUGCUGAUCCAGCAAAACAAGGAGGCAUAGUGAGUAGAUGGAUCCAUUGGCUUUGGCACAAUGCUAAAGAAAUCUGUAUCAUAGUUGAUGUUGCAGCAAAAGGAAGCAAAACUGAUGGUUCAGUGAAAACGGAAGUCAAUGCUAAUGAUUCAGCGAGAAUAGCAAUCCCUACUGCUGAUGAUUCAACAAAUGAUCAUCGUGAAUUCAGCAAGCUCCUUUCAGAUUAUAUGCUAUAUCUUCUUGUGAUGCAACCCACUAUGAUGUCUGCUGUGGCAGGUAUUGGGCAGAUAAGAUUUCGUGAUACAUGUGCUGAGGCAGAAAAAUUCUUUAGCAGAAAGGGACUAAGACCAACCCAGGAACAUACUGCUUGUGAAAGCCUCCUCGGUGUGAAUACACAUGUUAAACCUAUUCAUGUGAAGGGUGAUAGAAGCAAAUCUGUACUGUUUGAUGCAUGUAUGCUGUCCAAAGAGCUGGAAAAAUUGGGGGAAAAGGAGAAAUGGGAGAUAAUGAGUAAAGUGUGGGUUGAAAUGUUGUCAUAUGCAUCAAGCCAUUGCAGACCAUUCACGCAUGCUCAACAAGUUAGUAAAGGUGGACAGCUUAUCACCCUAGUUUGGUUACUGAUGGCUCAUUUUGGACUUGGAGAACAGUUCCUAAUCAAUGAGGGUCAUGCCAGGGCAAAAUUGAUUGUGGGUAAGUAGUUCAAUCCAUGUUGAAUCGAUCUUGUCUUUACUUCGUUGUGCUUUUUCAUUUUUAUAUUUUGAAGUGUGUUACAGGGGAUGAUGGGGUGUGUUUUAAGGGAGAGAAGUGUUAUAUCUAUGAGGAGUUAACACAAACGUGAUCUUAUAAAUUGACGUGAUUGACGUGAUUUGAAGCGAAAUAUUAGAUACUUCAAAGCGAAAAGAGAUUUACAACAUGAUGUGUCAUAUUACGUCAUGUCGGUUUAUAAGAUUACUUUUAUAAUAUUUCUGUUUAGACUAAGCAUUUCUCUUUGAGUAGUAACUAAUGAUGAUAAAAUUGGAGGAUGGUCUAGGGAGUCAUUAUUCAGGAGAAAAAUAAAAAUGAUUGCAAUAUUUAUGUGAAAAUUACUGUUUCUGUUA